AUUUUACUUACCCUCGUAUCCCAAAAAAAUUUCCCAGAGAACUGUCAAAAUUUUAACCUCCAAAUAUUCUCAUGCAAAUUGAGGUUAGGUUAAAUGUUGCACAACUUUGAACCAUUUAACCAAUUUUUGAACAAAAAUAAAUAAAUAACAAUGAAACUAACGCCAAUUCUUCGUAAACAACAUAUCGGUUGGCAUUUUACAAAGCACUGGCAAGUGCAAGGCAAAAAAAAACCUAUAGAAACAGGGGCUGAGGCUAUUUUAACUCAAAAAGGUAUUGAGGUGGUUAAACCAGAUGAUAUUUUAAGGGAGAAACGGGUUAAAGAAACAUAUAAUGUAAUUGGUUAUGGUAUUAAAAAACAAGAAUUGGAUUAUACUCAUCCCGAUUGGAAUGAUCGCCUUUUAUUAACUUACAAAGACAAUAAUGUGUUAUUAGAAGGUUUAACACAGGCCAAAUUAAUCACUAAAACCAUAGAGAUUGAGAAUGGUUUGCCAAAUAAAAGUGCAACUGAAAUAUCAAAAGAAUUACAUAAGUCUGUAAGAAAUAUCACAUUAAACUCACAUGUCUUGGAUGCUGAACAAAAAAAAUUGCCUAAACUUAAAGACCCUGAGAGGCCUGCAUGGAAUUUUCCCAGGGUGUAUGGUGUAACUCAGGAAAGAAGGAAUAAACAAUUGGUCUCAAAAUUGAUACAACUAAUAGAAAACAAUUCAGAUGAAAGCAUUGUUAAUGAUAGAUACUUAUUUAAUGACUUAUUCUUCUCCUUUCCCUUUGAAAAAAAUGGAAACUUAAUUCAGUUUCAACUAAAAGGAGAUUCCUUAUUAACAAGUAAAAAACCCUUAAAUGCAGUCUCAAAAAAUUCCUUGGAUGGCAUAGAUUUACCUGAUAUUGCCCCCUUAAAAGAAACAAUAACAUUGAAUGAAGAAAAUGUCUAUAAGCUUCAGGAUAUUUAUCCUAUUAGUAAUAGUGUUUCAAAACAUCAUCCCCACACAUUAUUCGUGCAUUAUGAUGAUGAAAUAGUUGGUAAUUUAUUUGAAGAAGAGGUCACAGACAACCAAAUUUUUGGAAGAUCUUUAUUGAAAACUUUUACAGUGGCUGCUUCAUAUGCCAGACAGGAAUUUGGGCCCUUUGUUUAUGUAAAAUAUGUUAAGGACAACGUGGUCGCCACUGUAACACCAGGGAAAAUAAAACGGUUUAAUAUAAACGAUUACAAUCCCACUAAAACAUAUAGUGUUCUUUAUCAAAAUGAAUACUAUAGGGCAUACAUAAUUAGUACAGGUGAAACUGAAGAGGAGGCAAUUAGAAAUGGAACUGCUAAAAGAUUUCGAAUGCCUAACAAACAGAAGCUUUUAGAUGAACUAGAGUACAGUACUGUGGAUGAGGAUAAUACAGAUGAGAAAGCAGCAGUUCCCCCCAAGAAAAAAACGAAUAAAACCGCGGAUGCAAUAGGUAUAGAGAACUACAUCAACGUUAUUGGUGAACAAAGCUGUUCUGUUAGAAAUGAGGUUAGAACCUUAAAACCAGAGGCCAAGGAAAACAAUAAGCUGCAGUUGGAAAUUAAUGAGCUAAAAAAAAAACAAAAAGAAUUUGAAAAAGAAAUUAAAGAUCUAAGACAACUGAACAGAUCUUUGCAGUUGGAAGUUAUUGAUGUUAUGAAAGAAUUGGUUCUUACAAAGUUUGUAAAUCAACAAGAAGAGAAGGAAGUAGCUGUAGGCGAUAGGGUAAAUGGAAAUGUCUAUUUAGGUAGAGAUGUCUGGUUGCCCUGCCAAAUAUACGAUUCAGCUGCCAGUAAAGCAAUCAGAAAAGACUACUCUUUAUUCAUAAAAGAAAUAGCUGUUGCUGUUUUCGGGCAAAACCUCUUAAGCCAAUCUUCGGUGACAGAUAUAGUCGCGUUUAGAAUGAAUGAACGCGGGGAACCGCCUGAAAGGAUUCAAGCUGUAACAGGCAACAUAAAUAAUAGAAUAGCUGAAAAAAUACAAGACAUUCUUAGGCCGCCAAGACAACCAGCGCAAAAACAAAAAGAGAAUGAGGAAAACGUCAUUGAGAAUGAGGAGGUCGUCGUUAACAGUAACGAGGACAGUAGCGAGGAUACGCCAGUUUUGACCACCGUCAAUAAUCAAAACAACAAAUUGUACCAGGAAAAAUGA